CGAUGACAAAAGGAGGACGGCCAUUUAAGUCAUUUAGAUUUAUAUAGCAGGAAUUCUUGAGUGACCUUUGGCUUUCAGUCACAGUAUACCAGGUAUGUAAAAAUACAUAGAAAGACACACACAUAAAUAUAUAUUUUAUAUGGUAUAUUUGUCCAUGCAAGUGAGAUUUCUCAGAAAUGUACCAAAGAUGUUGGGCAUGCCUCACAUGCCAUCAGCUCGGCUCAAAAUGGGCGCGUUCCUUCAGGACAUGCAAUGUUUGAUGGGUUUCAAUGGAUUCAGUUUCUUGGAUGAAGAGAUGAGCUUGUCAGUGGAGCUGCUGAGUGGCAAGGUUUGUGUGCUGGACAUGCUGCCAAACUUCCUAACCAUUUGGGCGUUGAAAGAGCAAUUGAAGGAAUUUCAUCCUUCUCAAGAUGAGCUCACCAGGAAAUUGAGCAACGUGCAGGUGGUCCUUGACGGCAAGAAGUUGGAUGAUGACGCAGAGACUAUCCUUGGAGCUGGAAUUACCUCAACUGCAAAACUGCAGGUCUUAUUCACCGCGCGUCCACCUCUGAGCUGCAAGAGCAUGUCCAGCUGGGAAUUUCAUCGCAGGCGUGAUGCUCAUACGUGGAUUGAUCUCCACAUCCCAGAGACAGAAAGGUCCAUUCGUGACGGUGCCUUCCAAAGAUGCUCAUGGAUUCUACGUGUGACCAUCCCCAACACAGUGAGGGCAAUUGGACAAUAUGCCUUUUCGAUGAACAGAGGAUUGAUCAGCUUGACGAUCCCGGACUCCGUCACUCUUAUUGGAUUCAGUGCCUUUGACGGAUGCAUUUCUUUGCGUUGCUUAACGCUCCCAAAGUCUCUGAACACGAUUGAAGGCUAUGCCUUUUCAGGCUGCAGGUCUUUGACAAGCUUGACAAUCCCCAGUUCUGUCACUGAAAUUGGAGUUUGUGCAUUCAUGUACUGCAGCUCUUUGACGAGCGUGGUCAUCCCCGACUCUGUGAUGGUGAUUGGAAGGUGGGCCUUCGGGCAUUGCACCUCUUUGACGACUCUACAGCUACCCAUGUCGCUGGAAAGCCAAGCUGAGUCUGCUUUCGUCGGCUGUAAAAACCUGCCUCGAACGUUUCAAAACCCGGCGAAGCGGCCGCGACUUGAAUAGCAUGUGGAAAAAAGUGGCAAG